AAUAAAAAAAACUGACUUCAUUUAAAUAAGGUUUUCCACCGUCGUUGAUUAGCUGGAACGGAAAUGAUGCAGGAGUCCCUGACGUGGCCGGAAGCGCCGCCAUCUUGAGGAAGGAAACGCCUUGAAGUUGAAGAGGAAACAAACUAACUUUUCAGGUGUGAAGGAUUUACAUCACCUCCAGGAUGGGGAAUAUAUUCGCAAACCUCUUCAAAGCCUUUGGUAAAAAGGAGAUGAGAAUUUUGAUGGUGGGGCUGGACGCAGCAGGAAAGACCACCAUCCUGUACAAGCUGAAGCUGGGAGAAAUCGUCACCACUAUCCCCACCAUCGGGUUUAACGUUGAAACUGUGGAGUACAAGAACAUCAGCUUCACUGUGUGGGACGUCGGCGGUCAGGACAAGAUCAGACCCUUAUGGCGUCACUACUUCCAAAACACACAGGGUCUGAUCUUCGUAGUGGACAGUAAUGACCGAGAGCGUGUGAACGAGGCCAGAGAGGAGCUGAUGAGGAUGCUGGCCGAGGACGAGCUCAGAGAUGCCGUGCUGCUGGUGUUCGCCAACAAACAGGACCUGCCCAACGCUAUGAAUGCUGCAGAGAUCACAGAUAAGCUGGGCUUGCACUCUCUGCGCCACAGGAACUGGUACAUCCAGGCCACAUGUGCCACCAGUGGAGACGGGCUGUACGAGGGACUGGACUGGCUCUCCAAUCAGCUGAAAAACCACAAAUAAUCCUCAACACCUACCUUCUGUUUAUAUCCUCCUACACUGUAGCGCUGUGAUCUCCAUUCAGUUUUAAAGCAGAACGUACCGGAAGCUGCUCUCCUCUCCUCUCAGACUGGUCAAAGCGUGGUGAUGGAACCAUGCACCUCUAAUCCUUUAAACAAUUUAUUAAUGAGGCAGCUUUUGGAGCGCUCUCAUGCAACACUAGGUGUGUGCCGAUAUUAAACUCUAGUAUAUCGAUAAUCCAGGAAGUUUUUAAGAUGAACAGUAGUGUUUUUGUUUUACUUUUGAAACCUCUCUUGUAGUGAAGAGCUACCAGAACACAUGCACUGAUGGUGCUACAUCAGCUAGCUGAUUGGAACCUGUAACCUUGGCUGAAGUUCCUCUGAUGGUUGUAGGUUGCGUUCACAAAAAUGUUUCAUCAUCUAAUGAACCUGACCGAAAUAAAAUGACCCGAGAGACUGGAUCGGUACAUGCUUUACAUCCAUCGAUUAUACUGUGUGAUUAUCGGCACAUGCCUACGCGUUUUUUUUAUAUAUAUAUAUUUAUAUAUAUAUAUAUAUAUAUAUAAUUAGACCUAUACACGUAGCCUUUCCUGUACUUUUUUUAUUGUCUUUAUUUAAUCAUAGAUGAACUGUAGUGGGGAAAUCCUGAAAAUUGUCACAUCCUGUAGCUCUUUCAGUUUUUAUUUUAUUUUAUUUGUGUACCCUAAUGAUUAAGACGUACUGUAAAAGACUUACGGUCUACAUAGAGGAGGUCAAGACAGCGUACACACGCGCACACACACACACACACACACACACACUACCUACAAAGGGCAAAAGAAAAUCCACAACCUCACACACUGAGAUCAGCAUGUGUUUAUAAAAUAAUUAGCAUAUAUAUAUAUAUAUAUAUAUAUAUUUAAAUCCAGAGCAGCAAGGUCUAGCUUGACUUAACCCUCUACUGGAUUCAGGUUUUUGGUGUAAAUGGUGAAAAAACCCAGCAUCUAAACAUCGUUCCUCAUUUGGACAGUUUGUAAAUUGUCCAGAUUUUGAAACGCGUACGAAUCUUUGCCCCUUGAACGCAAAAAUCAUCAAGUCUCAGGUUCAAUCGCUUUGCCUUUACGUCUGGAGGAACUGAACAGGGCUUUGUUUGGGAAGAGGUUUAUUUCCUGUGGCUGUUGUGUCUAUUCCAGUGUGUGUUGAGUGUGUGGGUGUUUCUGCUGGUCACCUGGCUCAGGUGUGUGUUUAGGGGUGUUUCACCUACAGCAUGCGUCCCACACGAUUCACACCAAGCUCUUUUCUUUAAUGUGGUAGAAUCAAGAGACAUUCCUCCAGAUUUUUUUGUUCAUAAAAUAAUCAUUUUUUUCAUUCUGAACUGUCGAUUAAAAGCUUACUAUCUGUGUGUGUUCAAAUCAGCUGAUGUUCUGAUACAGUCGUAAACUCACCCCGCUGCAGCAGGCACUCUUUCUGCUUCCUAAAAUCUGGAGACGGUAGCCUGGAGUUGGUCCUGUAGUCCCUCUGGAUAGAGUGAAGAAGUGGAUUAAAUGGUGAACAGGAUCAUCAAGGGCUCUGGUGGGUGUGUGUGUGUGUGUGUGCGCUAGCAGGUGAAUUCCUGACUGCUAACAUCAUCAGCUGCUCUAAUCUCUGCUAGAACAGAACUGACUCUGGGUUUUGGACGUAGGCGGUAGAUCAGUUGGACCUGGCAGUAAGUUCUCUGCCUUUCCUGCCUCCUGAACAGUCUCGUUAGCGGCUAGCUUCAUGCUCCGAGAUACUCUUGAGAAUGUGACAUGGUACAGCAAUAUUAAAGACGCAGCAGCGGUGGAGUUGAUGUUUCUUGCUGUGUUGGUGUUCCUUGGUGCCUUCGUGAUCUUCGUCUGAACUCGGUACCCUUCUGGGACUGUUUUUUUUUAAUCAUUUUGUGUUCACUUAAACUGAAUGAAAGAGUUUUUUUUUUUUUUUUAAUUUCCUGUCUGCGCUCCAUUGACUUACACCGGGACGGGGCAUGUGGCGAUGUUAAAUCUCACGCGGUUUACGAUAUCACAGUAUUCUGCUGGAACCCUAUCGAGCUGCCAGUGGAGUCGCGUCUCUCAGAGACAGGUCUAAUGGGAAAUAAUCACCCGUCUGACUCCAGAGUGACACGCUCCGUCCACGGUGUGUGGUAGAACACGUGAAUACGGUGAUGUAUCGUACAGUCGGUGACCAGCACAUGCCCAGUGGGGACAAAAGUAUUUCUGAAACUCAUGAACUCUCUUCCUGUGUGACUGUUUUAACGUGAAUGUUGGAUUUUUUUUAAUGUAAACUUGUCUUGCCUUUUAUUUUGACAGAAAAGCAACGUAAUGAAAGAAAUUAAACACGUGAAAAAUCA